AAAUAAACGUUAAAAAAAAUUUAAAAAAAAGCAACAGGUUAUAAAUAAUAAUUAGGGUUUCUGACUUCUUAAAAAAAUGGAAUGAUCUAGCAACAGAAGUCCAAGGGUGUUGCAUGGCAACAAUCAGUUGAAGCUGAGUAGACCUGCUGCCUUUAGAAAGGUCCUGCAUGCUGCAGUUUACUGUAGCCUCACCACCUUUGUUGUGUUACACCUUGUGCAUUUCACUAAUUUGCACAGCCAGUUAGUGAUUUGGGUGGGGUGAAGCCUACUUCUAGCUACAGGGAAAGCCAAUCAGUAUAUCCAUAUCUCUAACCACAGUUCAAGGGUGAACCUGUGAUCCUUUGUCACAAGGAAGCUGAAUUCUAGGACUUUUGAUUGAGCAGUCAGAAAGGCACAGUUUGGUUUCUCCUGAUGCUCAGGAACAGGAUACAUACAGAUCCAGGAGAUUUGACAUCAUCUUGGGACCACAGUGGGAGAGCUGCCCAAGAAGGGAGCCAAUGAAAGAUCACAGAGGCAAGCUAGAUAUAAAGGAGCCUCUACCCCGGACCAUUUGGUUGUAUGAUCUAAUAAAUUGCCUUUUAGGUUCAACCAGUUUGAGUUAGGUUUUUGGUCUCUGGCAACAGAAAGGAUCCUAACUUAGACUCCAGUGAACCUGAACCUGCUAAGUUUUGACAGUCUCAGCUCUAAUUACCAUUUUUUCCACCAGUAUUUUGAGUUCCUUUUAAGACAGACCAGUCUAGUAACAAUGGUGAUGGAAUUUAGUCAACCUGAAAAACAUAUUCCCAAUAUUUAUACAUUUUGGCAUUAAACUCAAUGGUGUACAUUAUACCUUUUUUUACACACAUCUUUUAAGAGGAAAUUCAAUCUUCUGAUUUUAAGAAAUGCAAAUGUGGGGCAAUGAUGUAUCACCCAAAGAUUUUCUUUGUAAUAGAAAAUGUUUUUAAAGGGGGAAAAUAGGGAUUUUUAUUAUUAUUAAAAGAUAAAAGUAAAAUUAUUUUUAAGAAACAAGGCAUUGGAAACAUUUAGUUUCAUGAUAUGCCAUUGUUAGGCAUUCCCUAUCUGAUUGUUAGAAAUUAUUCAUUUCCUCAAAGAUAGAGAAUAAAUUGGUUGAGGAUGCAAUCUUGUACUAUGCACUUUCUUUGCCCAAAGCAAACACUGAGCAUUUGAGAGCCAUGAGAAUGCUUCUGCAUUUGAGUUUGCUAGCUCUUGGGGCUGCCUAUGUUUCUGCCAUUGCUGUACAAAGUCCCAUGAAUAGGCUGGUGGCAGAGACCUUGGCACUGCUCUCCACUCAUCGAACUCUACUGAUAGGCGACGGGAACCUGAUGAUUCCUACUCCUGAACAUAACAAUCACCAACUGUGCAUUGAAGAAGUCUUUCAGGGUAUAGACACAUUAAAGAAUCGCACUGUACCGGGGGAUGCUGUGGAAAAGCUUUUCCGAAACUUGUCUUUAAUAAAAGAACACAUAGACCUCCAAAAAAAAAAGUGUGGAGGAGAAAGAUGGAGAGUAAAAAAGUUCCUAGACUACCUGCAAGUGUUUCUUGGUGUAAUAAACACUGAGUGGACAAUGGAAAGUUGAGAUGAAACUGGCUUAUUGCAGUGAAAGAUUCUGGAGGAGAAGAAGAAUGUUAUUUUUUGCAAUGAGAAUGAGGCCCAACCAAGGGUCAGUGUAAUUCAACUUCAGAUGCAAAGCAAUUUUUCAGGCAUACUGCUACUUUGCUGCCUCACAUAGGCAGAAAGGAUAAAAAUAAAAUAUUUGAGAUAUAUUUCAGAUGUCAGAAUCAUCGAAGUCUUUUCCUCCAGUGUGCUCCAGGCAAAAUAAAUAUGUACUUCAAUCUUAUUUAACACAACAUUCUGUAAAAUGUCUAUUAACUUAAUAUUUAUGUAUGAAAUGAUUGAGAAUUUCAUAAAUCAGUAUUUAUUUCAUGUUGGGCUAUGUUCCAAUAAAACAAAAAUAAACAACUGA